AUGGCACCUUUUCCAUCCCCAACUUCGACAUGGCACACAGAGAGCUACUCAUCCAUUUCUCCCACCCGUCCAGAGCUUUCCGCCAAAGGCAAGACAGUACUAGUGACUGGAGGCGGCACUGGGAUUGGUGCAGAGACAGCCAUGGCCUUCGCAGUUGCAGGUGCUUCUCGAAUCGCUCUUCUUGGCCGCCGAGAAGCGCCCCUCCUCGCCACCAAAGCAUCGAUCCAACAGAAGUUCGCCCAUGUCGAGGUAUUUGUGGCCUCUGCUGAUGUCACAGACAAGAGAAAAGUCAACACCACAUUUGCAGAGUUCACUAGUGGCGGAAAAAUCGACGUUCUGGUCAGCGGUGCGGCCAUGAUCGGCCCCCAGGAUCCUGUCGGGGACGUAGACAGUGAGAAGUUUCUUGACGCUAUCUUACAAAACCUCCGUGGAUCUUUGCACGUCGCACAGGCCUUCCUCCACCAUGCAUCUCCCCAUGCCGUCGCAAUCGACAUCAAUUCAUCUGCUGCCCAUGUGAAUUUCGGUAAUGGGUUUUCUGCAUACAACGUCGCCAAACUAGCGGUAUUCCGACUUUGGGAUUCUCUGGCUGUCGGGAACCCAAACCUUAGCAUCUUCCAUAUCCAGCCCGGUAUAGUGGACACGGACAUGAACAAGGAAGCGGGAGGUGUCAAAGCUACAGGUAUCGAAGACCAUGUUUCUCUACCGGCGAACUUUAAUGUCUGGCUUGCUAGCCGGGAGGCUCAGUUCUUGAAAGGCAAAUUUCUGUGGGCCAACUGGGAUGUUGAUGAGCUUAAGGCAAAGGCGGAGGAGAUCGAAACCAGUGGUCUGCUUAGCAUUGGGCUUGGCGGUUGGCCGUUUCAAGAUGCCAACUGGAGUGCCACUUGGAAGACUUGA